UAUGCCCACCUUUGUGGAAAUGGCAGUUAAGUUUCCGUGUCAAUGGCGAUGAAAAGUGGUUGCCUUUAUGAUCCAUCAUCCUCUUUAUCACACACAUCCGAAAAUUAGCAACCGAUGCACUACUCUUUCAUAAUGAACACUCUGGUGAAGACAGGUAGCGCGUGGCUUGUUUCCCCGUCGUUGGCAGCUGUGAGGAGGAGGAUGAGUGUAGCUAAUUUUGCCACGUCAUCAUCUUUUUCUUCCUUACCCAAUUGGGAAGGUGGAGUUUCCUUGGUCCAAGGAGCUUCCAGAGGCAUCGGUCUCGAGUUUGUAAGGCAGUUGCUAGAGAACAAUAAGAAAGGGCAUGUUGUUGCCACUUGUCGGAAUCCAAAAGAAGCAACAAACCUCGUUAAUCUGAAGAACAGCUUCUCCGAGAGGCUUUUCAUCCAAAAGCUUGAUGUUACAGAUGAAACUACCAUUGAGGAAUCAGCGGAAUCAGUAAGAGAAAGAUAUGGCUCUCUCAACUUACUUAUAAAUGCAACUGGUAUACUAUCAAUUCCUGGUGUACUGCUGCCAGAAACAACAUUGAACAAGGUUGAAAAGUCAUCAUUGAUGCUUGCAUAUGAGGUUAAUGCGGUUGGUCCAAUUCUAGUAAUGAAGCAUAUGUGGCCACUCCUUAAGGCAGGUGGAGGAAAUGGAACCGAGAGGGAAGUUGCUGUUGUAGCCAAUUUAAGCGCACGAGUUGGAUCAAUUGGAGAUAACAAACUUGGUGGUUGGCACUCUUACAGGGCUUCAAAAACCGCACUCAACCAAUUGACGAAGAAUGUAUCGGUUGAAUUGAGUAGGAGGAAGGAUCCUGUGGUAUGCAUUCUACUGCAUCCAGGCACGGUAGACACUGAUCUCUCUCGACCGUUCCAAAGAAAUGUUCCUGAAGGAAAGCUUUUCACAAAAGAGUACUCUGUUCAGAAACUAUUGCACAUCAUCAACAAUGCAAAGAAACAAGACAACGGCAAGUUUUUUGCCUGGGAUGGACAGGAGAUACCUUGGUGAUUCUUUGACUUCUAUUGUUAUGUCCAUCUGAAUGUCUGAGAGCAAUUCCUUUGAGUGAUACUAAAUAACCUGGAGUGUGUCCAGAAGUUGAGAGCUUUCUGAGUAUUCAAUAUCAUUCCAAUCUAUUUUUUUCUUGAAACGAUUCAAUAAUUAAUGUGAUGGUCCAAUCUACAUUGUGUUUACAUUUACAAGCUAAUAACUGUUCUCUAUGGUCCAGCUAUGACCUGGAGUCUUAUAGACUCUGUUCUUGUUCAUCAAUCCUUGAAGAGCUGCAGCUUCAUCCCACUGUCUCACAGAAGUAUACGUGUUGCUUAACAGAACAUAAGCUGCUGAGUUCUGAGGAUCUAUAGUUAUAAGUUUCUCUGCAAUUCGUCUAGCCAAGCUCACAUCGCCAUGGACUCUACAUGAACUAAGCAGAAUCUCCCAUAGAACAGAGCUGUUUCUGUAUGGUGUAGCUUCUGCAAGCGCCUCCGCAUCUUCAAGCCGGCCAGCUCUUCCAAGACAAUCAACUAUACAUAUAUAAUGAUCCAGCUCCGGUUCAAUACCAUGAUCUCUCUGCAUAGAACUGAGUAUCUCAAGCCCGGUGUCCACAAUUCCUGAGUGGCUACAAGCAGUCAACACAGAGACAAAGGUUAUCCGGUCAGGCUCCUCUCCCCAUGAAAUCAUCUCUUUGAACAAACCAACAGCUUCAUCACCCCGUCCGUUAUGAGCAUACCCGUGUAUCAUCUCGUUCCAGAGAACUAUGUUUUUAACCAACACGGUAUCAAACAACUGUCGAGCAGAAUCUAUUUCACCGCACUUACAGUACAUAUCCG